AUGGCGCCUGCUGAGCUAAAAGAGUUAAAGGAUCAGUUGAAAGAUUUGCUUGAUAAAGGCUUUAUCAAGCCUAGUGCUUCACCAUGGGGAGCACCAGGAUUUUCUUCAAUUUCAAGCCCAUUAACAAAGCUGACUCAAAAAGUAGCUAAGUUCCAGUGGACUGAGGCUUGCAAGCACAGUUUCCAGGAGCUGAAGGACAGGUUGACAUCAAGACCAGUUCUUGCAUUGCCAGACGGUUCAGAAGGCUAUGCGGUAUAUUGUGAUGCUUUUGGUGUUAGGUUAGGAUGUGUUCUAAUGCAAUAUGGUAAAGUUAUCGCAAAUGCGUCAAGGCAGUUGAGAAAACAUGAGAAGAACUAG